AGUUUUCGUUUAGGCAUUUCAACUUAGAAUUAUUAUAAUACAAAUCAUGAAUAAAGGACGUAUUGUGUUAAAAAGGAAACUAUGAAAUGCCUGAAUAGAGAAAGACAUUCUAGACAUCAAAAUAGAGGACAUUUAUUCUAUACAGUAAUCUUACUCCAACUGUACUCUUGCAUUCAACUAUACUUUUGUUUCUAAGUAAAUUUCUUCCAAAAAUGUAUGGAAUACAAUGUUAAUUUUUAUUAUAGUAUUAAAUAUCUGAAAUGGAACACGGACAGCUGAAAUCAACAUUUGAUAAAGGAGAAAAGAAAAAUUCUGACAAUGGUAAUACAUCAGGACGUAAACAAAACAAUAGGAAUUUUGUUCUGACGCAAAUGGCUUCUAAAUCUUUAGAUAUUCCAAACUUAACGUAUUCGGUAAAGGAACAAGUAAGUCGAUUUGAAAGUUUUCGAACAGAAAAACCUACAACUUAUAUGAGAAGGUCGUAUUCAGCUAAAGAUAUUGGUCAAAUUUCAAGUUUGAGUUACCCUGGACGUAUACAGAUUAAGAGAGAGGAAACUAGUAAGCAAACACCUAACAUAAUUAAAUGCUCAAGUAGAACUUUACUUAAUUCGAAAGAAAUGAGAGAAAAAUCUGAACAAAAACGAGAUGUCGAUGUAAUUACACAUACUACUGAAACUAGUGCUAUACACUCAGAUGCUGUAGAAUCUAAAAUGCGAACUUUUAGUCUUCCUAAAAUCUUACCUUAUUUUCCUAUCUUUCCUAACUUACCGCACUCGGAGGAAAGCUAACACUAGUGAAAUGACUGAGGCUAUGUACGAAUCACAGAAAGCAAGAACAGGUAAAAUUGAAGCGCAAGAAAUUGUUCACCCUUGCUCUAUAUCAAAAUUCGAACACAAAUUUCUAACUAACGGUCCUGCUGUAGUUUACGAUAAAGCAACAUCAACAACAAGAAUCUUAGGAUUCGGUCGUGGACAACACAAUUCUACUACUAACUAAACUGAAUCUGAGUUUGAAUCCGUUUUUACUGUUAAACCUUUAACACGUGGUUAUAAGUUUGAAAUAGUUGCCAUCUCUAAACAAGAAUGUAAAAGUAAAUCUAUUUGUUCUUCGUCUAAAAAUUCAACAGUUGCUACUAUCACUAGUCGAGUAAAGCUGACUGUAAAAAAGGAAAGUUCCAUUUCUUCCAGUCACAUUACAGCUCAAAAAUCAAAAGUUGAUAGGUCUUCCAGUUGUACUGUACUUGGAGCAUUAUUGUCAGGUCACAGACACGAAGCAUCUAUCAGCUCGAAAUUGGAUGGCAGAAAAGAAACAUCUACAACCCCUUCAUAAUCUAUACAAAAAUAA